AUGUCGACAACUACUGCAGAAGCGAACAUCAUUCCUGUUGCGUUGCCAGAUAGGCCUUUGACGGCAGCGGAAUCCAGGUGCAUUGAACUGGUAAAUGGAUUUUCUGCAGACAUUCAACUGCAGGCGCAUCGAGACGGGCACGCACCACAGUCGGGGGGUCUUGUCGCCUUCUUGCAGAAACUAGCAUUGACUCUGCAAGAAUCGGGUAUUGUGCACCUCUCUGAAGCGCUCUAUGAGACCGUCAACAGAUGUACCACUGAUGAAGACUUUGGCGGUUAUGGGCUCGACACCGAAACCCAGCUUACACCUUCGCAAGAAGACGAUGUUGUGUUCUUAUGCUCGGCGUUCAUCGAGGCAGUGAAGAGUGCAAAACGAGUUCAAUCUAAGCCUCAGCCACUGCGACACAGACCGAACGACAGGCGCCCAAUGACCAUGGCAGAGAAAGUUUUCGCUGCGCAUGAAGUCUCCCAGCGUGGGUAUGUGAAGCCCGGAGACGUCAUUCAGGUCGAUGUUGACUGGAUUUUGGCGUCAGAACUGUCAUGGCAGGGCAUAGAGACCGUUUACUCUUCUGUAGGACGACCAGGCAUUUUCCGCAAUGACCGCUUCUGGCUUGCCGGCGAUCACCGUGUAGAGCCAGAACUAUAUGAUCAACCAAAAGUCAAAAAGUUGAUGGAGUUGAGUGUGCGAGCUCAAAAGGACUUCAAAAUGACCGACUUCCAAGGAUUUAACUACACCAUUCUUCAUACCGAGUUUGUCCGGGAAAGGGCACAGCCCGGCAUGCUCUGCAUAGGUGCCGAUUCGCAUUCGUGUUCAGCAGGCGCCGUCAGUUGUCUGUCUAUCGGCAUGGGUGCCACGGAUGUUUGUAUACCGUUGUUGACUGGGCAAACCUGGUUUACCGUGCCCAAGACGGUGAAUAUUCGCUUCACUGGCAAGCCUCCUCGGGGGAUUGGUGGGAAGGACACGAUUCUCUAUAUCUUGAAGGAGUUCAAGAGGAACACAAUUGCAGCGGAUCGAGUAGUCGAGUUUACCGGCCCUGGGAUCAAGUAUCUAUCCUGCGACGCUCGUUUCGCUAUUGCCAACAUGUGCACGGAAUUUGGAGCCAUUACAGGCAUUUUCGAUUCUGACGAGCGGACAGUUGACUUCAUCGAGCGGCGGCGCGUAAAGAAGCACCGAAGUAGUGCUGUCUACUAUAAAGCUGACGAGGACGCCGAGUAUGAAGCUUCUUACGAGAUCGAUCUCUCCAAAGUUGAGUCCUUAAUUGCCGUCUAUCCCGCACCCGAUAAUGUGGUUCCAAUCAGCGAGAAGUCAGGUACUCACCUGGAUGGCACCUUCAUCGGAGCAUGCACGACUGCCGAGGAGGACUUGAUCAUCGCUGCGUUUGUGUUAAAGGCCGGUCUAGACAGUGGUAUGGUGCCGGUGGAUUUAGGCAGGCGGGUCGUGGUACCGGGCUCUAAGCCCAUCCGGCACAAGCUACAGAAGCUGGGACUUCUGGAUAUAUACACGCGAGCCGGCUUUAAGGUCCGUGCCCCGGGCUGUAGUAUGUGUGUUGGGCAGGGAAUCGAUCAGGCUGCACCGGGCGAGGUGUGGCUGACGUCUCAGAACCGAAACUUUAAGAACCGCAUGGGUCCAGGAUCGAUCGCAAAUCUUAGUUCCGCCGCGACCGUGGCGGCAUCGUCGUUCGGGAUGGUGAUCACCGAUCCAAGACCCCUUGUAGAUUCUAUUGACAUGAGUGAGCUAGAACGGUGCCUAGGAUACUUACCUUUUCCAAGCGAGAAGGAGCAUUCGAAUGCGACCACCGUGUAUUCUGAGCCCUAUGGCGCAUCGGAUUUGAUCAGUCCUUCAUUGGACACCUCUAAGGCCGAGGAAGCUAAGCCUUCGUCACCUUCUGUCUUAGGAGAGUCUCCAACCACCGUCAAUAUCAUUCAAGGGAAGCCUCUAAUUUUGGGAGACUUUAUUGACACCGAUGCAAUAAUUCCCUCCGCCUUCAUCGCCGGCAACACUACCGACGAGAGUCUCGGUGCGCACUGCAUGGAGUAUUUCAUGCCAGACUUUCGGUCCCGCGUUCAGUCUGGACAGAACAUCGUUGUUGCUGGCAAUAGCUUUGGAUGUGGUUCGUCCCGUGACGUUGCUGUCAACGCUCUGCUGGGUGCUGGUGUGAAGUGCGUGAUCGCAAAGUCCUUUGCAUUCAUCUAUGGCAGAAAUCAGCCUAACAUCGGGCUCAUGGGUUUUGUUAUUGCUGAUGACAAGUUUCACCAGCUAGUGAAGAUGCAUGAGGAGGCCGACAUCACGAUUGAUGUCGGCCGGAGUGUGGUAUGCAUCGCUGGAGAGGAAUUUGCAUUCCAGCUGAGCGAGAUGGAAAAGUCGCUGAUCGCAGCCGGAGGCCUGGCGGAGGCUUUCAAGAAGUUUGGCAAGGAGGUUUUCGACACUCUAUGCCGGCGGAGAGUACCGACAAAAACGCCAGUAAUAGAUAUUGAAUUGGUGGGUAGUUAG